AUGGCCCGCUAUGAAGAGGUGAGCAUGUCUGGCUACGAGGAAUUCACGCAGGUGGUGGAGCAGCACAGUGGCAAGACCAUUUUCGCCUAUUUUUCUGGUUUUAAGGACACCGAAGGCAAAAGCUGGUGCCCCGACUGCGUGCAGGCUGAACCAGUUGUACGAGAGGGGCUGAAGCAUGUUGGUGAAGGAUGGGUGUUUAUCUACUGCCAAGUAGGAGAAAAACCUUAUUGGAAAGAUCCAAAUAAUGACUUCAGGAAAAAGUUGGAAUUAACUGCAGUGCCUACACUACUUAAGUAUGGAACACCUCAAAAUCUGGUAGAAUCUGAGUGUCUUCAGGCCAACCUCGUGGGGAUGUUGUUCUCUGAAGAUUAAGAUUUGAUGAUGG